AUGACUUCCGGCGACGUUGUUGUCCUUCCGCCUCUCGAGCCAGCCGAGGGCUGCGCGCCUGCAGUUACCGCGUCUCCACUGGCGGAGGUCGUGGACCAUGACACGAAAUGCAUCUCAAAACCAGCCAACGCUUCGAAAGACGUUUCCCUACGAUUUACGAACCUCGCUGACAAAACGCUGUUUGUUUACAAACCAAAUGCACCAGGCACAACGUUUGCCAAGGCGAUGGAGGCCUUUGAAAAUUUCGUGCGGGAACAGGCGGAGAGUUAUGAAGGGCACAUUGACCGCGGUUACGUGGGCCGCUUUGUGAGCUACAUGGGCUUUGGCGAGACUAAACCGUGGUCUUUGGCACCGGCCGAGUUUAACCCGUCACUGACGGAUAUUUGCUUUGUUGGGCAGGGGGAUGCUUUUAACGACGCGGCACGCUUCUGCUUGCGGGAUGUAACCGAAGUGGUGCUCGCUACGGCGCGAGCAACGGAUGCGAGAUUCUUUCAGGAUAUCUGGAACGAGGUGAGCGCCGAGGACCCGACGUCAGGCCGUCGAGAUUUCCAACAGUGCGUCCCGGGCUUCCUCGCUCUCGUCUCCCACGUGCGGGUGACACAGGUGGAACUCGAUCUCCAUUUUAAAGUAUCUCCAGCAGAUAUUGUAUGCUUAAAACGUCCCCACCUCAUACUUGUAACGCAAAUCUGCAUGAUGCUGAAAAUCAAAACGUUUCUCACGCGGAGCCGCAUGAGCAGUAUUUUAGUCGUAUUUUGCAAUUUGUGAUGCUGCAAUCAGUUGUGAGUGACAAGCUAGAGCUCGACCCAGCGUUAUUUCUGUGAUUGGCUAGUGCGGCCGCGUCGCAAAGCGAGAUCAGUAAGUAUGAUGUUUUCCAGCUUCCACACAACACCACCUGAAAGGUAAAUUCUUGAGCCUGGUCCUGCACUUGAGAAAGAUCCUGCGCAUGCAAAUUUGCUUGACAGAAACAUCAGAUCCGGGGUGGGGACUACUUGCAUCGUUUUUGCACGGGAUAAAGCGGGCCACUGCCUCGCGUCCAAGAGGAAACGAAAUUCAUCACAGAACUCGGUCUUGACGAACUCUUUCUGAACCGACGCAUCACGUCAAAUUCCGAGCUCCAGCAAGUCCACUUCUCCCCGCGAGGGGAGACCGCGAUCGCAACGCAGUACAGUGGCGCGGCGCUGAACCGCGUAGCCGAGAUUUUCCGAAAGGAUAUGGGGUUGGAUUUACGCGCGGAGGAUAGCUGGAGUCUCGGGCAACGCAAGAAUUCCAGUGCCGCACUGGGAAAACAGGAAAUUGAACGCGUUGGGAACGACCUAAACACCUACGAUGCGGCGCAAGAUGGGGAGCUGAUUCUAGAAUUAGAAUGUAAAAAGACGGGGAUCGGCGCGCUGCUUUCCCACGUAGGGAGAGCGGGUCGACGGUUUGCGCGCGACGAUUUGCUCCUCUUUCUGCACUGCUGGACUGAGGUCGAGUGGGACAAUUCGGUCGAACCAGGGGACGUAAAUUUGCAGGCGAAGCUAUCGUAAGGAAAAAUCCCCCCUUCCCCUAUCAAAAAGGCACACCUCAGAAAAUUUGCCAUUCUGAUUUGUGGCUACAAAUCGUAUCUGUCUUGCAAGAAGGCAACCCCACAGGCCCCGCAGUAUUGUGUAGGCGGUUUGUGAUGCUAUUGGGCCUAAAGCAUAGACGUUCCUCAUGCUAAGCACCUAGGCCAGCACCUCUCUACUCGGGUUUGAUAUGUGCCUGCAGGCCUGUGCAGCAAGAGGGGCCCGACUUGUGUAAGCAAAUCCAGCACCAGAAAUUUCGUUUCGAUAUGGGGAGGGGUCAUUUUUCAUUGUAAUAGAAGCCGCGGAGCUGAGACGGCGCCGUGCAGCUGCAGGUCCGGCAGAAAUUUUUCCACGCGUUUUCCGCGAGCGUGCUUAGGGCAAAAAUUCCGGAGGGACCGCUGCGGGAGGCGUUCGGUGCGUUUGACGUGUACUUUGUGCGCCAAGAAAUGCAGAAGAUAGAAGAUACAUACUGGAUCGACCUGCUGACCGAGCGCAGAUUUCAGAGCGAACGGGAGAAAGAGGCGGAGCACGAGAACGCUGGUUCGAAGCAACGACCCACGCGGAACAUCAUGAAAGAGCGCCCCGAGACCGCCAGACAACUCCGGAACAGCCUCGUCGGGUUCGUGCUCGUAACGAACGCUGCGGCCGGGUCUUCUUCCGACGGCUCACCUGGCCGCGAACUCGAUCCGGAACAAGGUGGGGAAAUAACUUUGGAGCAGCUCCUGGAGGAAGUGAAAGGUAACGGUCCUAGCCAGGCUCCCGCUGCUAGAAGGGACGUGAAUCAAGAUCAUGGUGAAGAUGCUCAUCAAGAAGAAGUUCUCAGCGCCGGCGAGGAACAAGGCGAGGUGGAGGACAUGAGGGAGUAUGAAAUCCAAAUUCAAGUGGUGGCCAAGCCGUGGCCAGACUGGAUGGACUUCGCCGCGAUAGAACCCGAAUUCUGAUAUAUUCGAGAAUGAAAAGUGAAGAGGUUUCGCUCUACUACUUGCACCUGAAGGAUGAAAAAUUAAUAUGAGAAGAAGUGUCGUGUUUGCGCAACUUGUUUCGAUUUCGAAGCCGUAGAAAGCCAAAUUAACGUCGCACUGCGGCACCCCGGCUGCUCUGGCCCUGCAGAACUUCGUGAAAACGUGGCUCUACUUCAGCAGCUAGGCACACUGCGCGCUGCUUUCUUACCUAGCUUAUCCGUACCCUGUUCUAGUAAAUAUCCGUUGGUUUG